AUGGCCGACAGCGCUUACCCAUACGACACCAGUCUGGUCCGCGAGCUGCUCAAGAACAAGCGCAAAGCUCGAGGCAUCCGGUCCUGUUUCCCCUGUCGACAUCGCAAGGUCCGCUGCGACGGCCAUGUCCCCUGCUCCAGCUGCGUCAAACGCAACCAUCCCGAGCUGUGCCGUGUGCCGACGUCUUCCGGCCUCGGGAACGAGGAUCUCCAUCCUCCCGCCUCGGCUGCUCAUUCCCAGGGUCCAUCCGCUCCGAAUCUAGAUCCAACGUACCCAAAGACUGCCGCCCCAGGCGAUGCAACAGCCGCCCUGAUCGCCCGCCUGGAAUCCAUCGAGGAGCAAAUCUCGUCGCUGAAGGCGGAUCUUCGCGCUACCGCCGCCGCGGCAGCAACGACGACGACAUCCACGCCCGCAUCGCAGCCCAGUCCGCUGUCUGCCGGCGAUGUCCAGCGGCCCGGCAUGCGCGUCCGGCCCGCGAGCAAGUCGCCGGGCCGCUACGUCGUCGAAGACGCCACCGGCGCAACUAUUUACCUCGGUCGACACUCGGAUGCGCCCCUGGCGCUGGGCUGUCGACACACCGCAUCCGCCACGGCCGGCGACCUCUCGCUGCAUGAUGCGCUGAUCGAACAGUGCGUGCCGCGCGCGUAUUCAUUCACGGACCUCUGGGGCGCGGAGGCCACCGUCCGGGAUGUCUGUAAGACGCUGCCCGACGACUCGGAUGUGAUUCGGUACUGGCAGGCGUACCAGUCGACCGCGCACCCGUUCUACCCGGCGCUGGCGUCGAUCGACCAGUUUGCACGCGCACUGUUUGCGUUCCUGGACCAGCGCGCGCUGGCGCCUGCCGAGGAACCGGACUCGUCGUGGCUAGCGCUUUUGUUCGCGGUGCUGGCGUGUGGGGUGCAGUUCUCGGAUGAUCCUAUCAAGGAGCGCGACCUGCGGUCGAAAGUGUUGAUUUGCUCAUCGAUGCAGUGUCUGCGCAUGUCCAACUUCUUCAACCAGACGAAUCUGGACCAGAUCCAGGCCAUGCGCGUGGAUUUUAAUGGGCGUGACCAUUCGACUGGCGCAGAGUAUUGGGCUUCACGAAGCGUGUCCGUCCCUGCCGGCAGCGGAGCAGUUCCAGCGAAGCAGGCUAUGAUCUAA